AGUUUCUGCUUUAGUUUCUAUGCUCUUGUGCAAGCGUGUAAUCGAUUUCUAGAAUCUCAAGACAAAGAGAAAUAAAAGAAUAAAUAUUUCUGAAAAGUCUUUAGAUAACGUAUAUUUUACUUUAACCGUAAUACGAAUCAAGAUCAUAGGCGUGGUGGACUGUAUCUGGCGUCUACUGUCGUGUCCAUUGCUUACAGUGCCUAGUAAUGUCAGCCUAACUCAGCUGUGCCUUCUGGCUGUGGAUAAUUGUGAGAGAAGACUAUCGUUUUAAUAUCAUCAUGUCAGAAAGCGCGAAUUCGGAGAUUGAUUCCUACAUGUAUAAAUGUCGCGCAUGCAUGAAGGAAAGCUGCAAAAUGUUAUCCAUGUAUGAUGAUAACAUUAGCGAGAUCAACUUGCCGUACAAGCUCGCACAGAUCACGUCUAUCAAGAUUGAUCAAUUUGAUGGACUGCCUAACAUGCUCUGUCCAAAGUGUGCAUAUCGAACGAAUGCUUUAUAUGACUUCAGAUUACAAGUGCAAGAAUCAGAUAAGAAAUUUAGAAUGAUGCAAGAAACUAAAACGAACAUUGUGAAGACAGAACAGUUAAAUGCUAAGAAAGAAAAAAGUAAUGCACAGAAAGAUGGAUUUUUGGAAUUAAAUAUAUCAGGCGAUGUAAAGUCUGAUCGUACUUUUGAGUUUGUAAACAUUAAAAUAACAAAUGAUAUGGAUCAACAACAAUAUGAAAUUGAUGUAUCUCAGUUGGUCAAAGAUAAUGGAGAUGAUAAAAAGAAUUCACAAUUGAAUGAUGUUUAUUAUAAUAUCGAAACUAAUGAGGAUCAAAUAGGUGCCCAGUUGAUGAAAACUGAGUUACCUGAAGAUAUUUCAAAAAUAUUUGCAGAAAAUGUCGCAAUUAUGUAUAUACCAAAAUCUACGAUUGAGUCGAUGUCAGUCGAGAACACGUUAACGUUUGAUCCGGAACAAGAAGAAAUAGUAAAUGACAAUGAUACAUUUAUUUCUGAAGUGGAAAUCUUGGCUGAAGAAAAUGAAGAAGCCUCAAGCAAAAUAUGUGUUUCCAAUCCUGUGGAAUCUAAAAAGAAUAAAUGUACCUAUUUAGAACAACAAGAAAUAAUAUCAGUAAUACAAGUUGAGAAACAAAAAGAAUAUAAUGAGAUGAUACAAAACAGAGAUAAAGAAACAAAGCUCAAUGAGAGUAGUUCUAAUAUUGAAUUCAUAGUAGAAAACAACGAUGGAUCUGAUUCUGACUACUUUGUUGAUGAUAAAGAUAAUAUAUUAGGCAGUUUGAGCGAUGCAAUUAUACGGAUAAAAGAAUUCAAACGAGAAAAUGGAAUCGAAUAUCAAUGCACGUUAUGUUUACAGAAUUAUAGUCAACUGACUAGUGUAUUAUUGCAUACUGUCGAGAAUCAUGUCCCUUCCAAUGGUCCAUUCUUUUGCAUGGUGUGCGAAAAGGACUGCAAAAGUCGUCGAGAACUGCGAACACACGUGAAAACGCAUACUGGCGAGUUUCCAUAUUCCUGCUUCCUUUGUAAAAAGGCAUAUAACAGAAAGAGAUAUCUGAAGAGACAUAUGGCAUGUCAUCCCAACUUUUCACGGCACCGCUGCCUGAAGUGUGGUUGCCGCUUUAAAUCAAAAUCAGAAUUAGACAGCCAUGCGACAACACAUGAUCUCGUCGCACCCUAUGCUUGCAGUCAAUGUUCGCGUAUAUUUAAUCACAAAGGCAAUUACAAACGGCAUCUGAUCAGCCAUUUGGAUCCGCAGGGUCUUCAUUUGCCUAAAUAUCCGUGCAAUUAUUGUGACAAACGUUUUCCUAAUAAUCGUACACUCCAAACGCAUAUACGGGUACAUACUGGUGAAAAACCGUUCAAGUGUGACGUUUGUCAAAAGUCAUUCUCACAACGAGGCAAUUUAUUGAACCAUUCAAAGAUACAUUGGAAUCCUCGCAGCUACACAUGCGAAGUCUGUGGCAAAAGCUUCAAUCAACGUGCUACAUUACGAGAUCACACAUUAUUGCACACUGGUGAGAAACCUCACAUAUGUAAUGUAUGUGGAAAAGCAUUUACGGUUAGUGCAGCAUUGAGAAGGCAUAUGUUCAAUCACGUUGACGUCAGGCCAUUCAAUUGUGAUAAUUGUGGCAUGGGUUUCAUCGGUAAAUACGAUUUACGACGACAUAUGCGAGUGCAUGAGAACCGACCUAAGGAAAAGCGUAAAAAAAACACAAAAACAACCAAUGUUCUUCAGCAAAAAUCGGAGGAAAGUCAUGUUACGUUGGAAGAAUCGUUGGAAGAAAAAAAAACUGAGACUGCGCUCAUAGAAAUAGAAGAAGGACUUUUAUCACAAAACAUUAUACAGACCAUACCACAAAUCGAAUCGGAAAAGGAAAAUGAGGAUGCACUAUUUAAUAAUCUUCAAUCUUAUUCAGUUAUAUACAGUACAACUGAAGAUAGAUCAUAGAUUGUGUAAUAUAUUAACUAUCUUAUUACAAACAUAUUUUUGUUUUACUCAUAUAUUCAUGUA